UGCUGAAGAAUGUCUUCUCUCCUACUUCGAAUGCCACCACUCUCCCUUCUUCCUUCACCACACCACGUCAAGCUGCUGCUGUUUCUAACCUGACUUUUAGCAGAGAAGUCAGUAAACUUGUUACUUGACGCAUGGUACCAAAUUUUUAGCUAUCAGAGUUGUCGGGACGCUCUAUCUUAUCAAUGUUACUGUUUAUGAUGUGAAUAAUAAGUAAAACAUCCAAAGCUUGUAACUAUUUUGGUUCGGAAAGCCUCCUGUGGUUAGAAGAAGAAUUUUUUUUUAUUUUAAAUAUCAACCAUUCGGGUUUCUAUAAACACGAAGAAAUGUAAAAGUUUUUCGCAGUAUAAGUCUAAUAAUUUCACGCGAGCGCACACAUAAAUUUUUACUUGUAUUGAUAGAAUUACAGAUUGAAAGAAAAAACCUACAAACUAUUCAUCAUGAGUGAAGAGGCUGUCGUUAUGAGGCCCGGAAAGGCCAGUCGCUUCGCCAAACGUAAAAAGGAUCGAUCGAAACGUGCUCGAUCUGAUGGAUUUGUUCUGGGCCAAGCGAUUUGUCCAGGCUCCGACGACGAAGAUGUUGCCGGGGAUGGAACUGGUGAUGAACAUUACAAAAAACGCGAAGAGAGUGAUGCGACAGAAUUUUUGUGGUGGAUCCGUAAUCCGACAGUUCAAAACCUGGGCAAGUUGUGCCGAGCAAUUAAAUGCAGUGAUUUGGACUGGAUGAAAGAAUUUCUAGAAUUUGAUGGAUUAGGUCUUUUAUUCCAGUGUUUACGUAAUCUCACCGAAGUGCACAGUCCCCAUCUAAGCGACAUGGUAUUAAGGAUGGAAUGCAUUAUGUGUAUCCGAGAAGUAGCCAACUCUCAGAUUGGACUUAACUGUUUACUGAGUUGUAAACAUCGCAGGGAUAAUAUCUUUGGGCGCCGUUUCGCCGCAGUAUUGGAAAACAGAAACCCUAUUGUGAAGAUGCAAAUCUUUGAGCUGAUGUCAGCAUUGUGCUUGUACUCACGUGAAGGUUAUUUCCUCACUCUUGAUGCUUUAGAAAAAUAUAAGACCUGGCAGAAAUUACAAUAUCGAUUUAGUCUGAUAUUAAAUGAACUACGUCAUGCAGAUUUGGCAACAUAUCAAGUUAGCAUUAUGGCACUUGUUAAUUCCAUAAUUUUUGCCAACGAGAACAUCCUGGAUAGAAUGAGAAUUCGGAAUGAAUUUAUUGCAUUGAAUAUAGAAGAAACGAUAGCCGCGGUGUGUGAGAAUAUCGACAACCCUGACUUUCAAAUACAAUGGGAUGUUUUCAAGGAUGAGAUGUCUGCUGACCAAGAAGCCCUGGAGGAAACGAAAGAUGGAAAUGUCAACGUCAAUAACCCACAAGAACUGUUCACAGCUAUUUUUAACCGGGUUCGAGAAACACCAUUAUCUGCUGCUUUUGUUUCCAUUCUCCAGAGUUUAUUUCAAAUAAAUGCAAGUAUGUCACAAAGUGAAAACAUUUGGAAUAUGUUGGAAAGAGAAGUACGGUUUAUAUCAUCUGAGGGUUCUAGCUCCAGCAGUUUCUGCUCGAGUCGUCGUUCCAGUUCAAUUUCCGUAGUGACAACUGCUUCAUCAUUGAUAUCUGCAAUGACAACACAUUCAGAGGAAAAAGGUGUACAAACUGAAUUUAGUGACAACUCCACAAAUCGGGCGGGAGACAACCAAAUCAGUGAAAACACCGAACAGAAAUCUCCACUGAUUACAGAUCCAAAUAAAUCUCCAUCUCAAACCCCUUUACCGUCGACUCUGACAAAAGGGAGUAAAGACAGACCAGUCAUGCCGCCACCACCGCCGCCGCCACCACCGCCAUUACCACCGUCACUGAGACUGACAACUUCAGUAAUACCCCCACCACCACCACUACCACCAUCAUCAUCAGUACCUCCACCACCACCACCACUACCACCAUCAUCAUCAGUACCUCCACCACCACCACUACCACCAUCAUCAUCUGUACCCCCACCACCACCACCACCACUACCACCAUCAUCAUCAGUACCCCCACCACCACCAAUGAGAGGAAUGGGUUCACCAGCAAUACCCCCACCACCACCUACAGCGCCACCACCACCGCCUCCACCACCAGGUCUGAAAAUAGGAAUUGCAAAUUUGCAAAACGCCCUUGUCAGGCCAGAUAUCAAAAUUUCAGUAGCUGCUCCUCCAAUGUCACCACCCCCACCACCACCACCACCACCGGCACCCGGUGGCUUUAACCCUGGACAAGCUAUCCUUCAUUCUCCACAGCAAAUUUUCCCUGAAAUAGCAAUUCCUGAACCAGAUUGUAAACUGCGACCAUUUUCUUGGAAUAAAGUUAUACCAACAAAUAUUUCAGACACCAGUGUAUGGAAUGAUGUUUUAAGACUGAAUGACCCUGUGAACAUGAAAUAUCAGUAUUUACAAGAGUUAUUUGCUCAAAAGGAAGGAUCCCAGGCUCAACAAAAGGAGAAAAGUCCUAUUCGCAGCAGUGUCACAUCAGAGAUAACCCUAAUUGAUCCCAAAAAGAGUAUGAACUUGAAUAUUUUCCUGAAGCAAUUUCGUCGCAGUAACAAAGAAAUUGUGGAUCUAAUUAGAAAAGCUGACUCUAGGACCUUUGGUGUGGAGAAGUUGAAAGGUUUAAUUAAGUUGCUCCCACAACCGGAUGAGAUUGAUUUAAUUUCAAAUUUUGAUGGUAAUGUCGACAAACUUGGAAAUGCCGAGAAAUUCUUCCAACUUUUGAUACAGCUUCCUGAUUUUCGGUGUCGCCUUGAAGCUAUGCUUUUGGUUGGUGAUUUCAGUUCUCAAUUAGCUUUGAUACGUCCAAAUAUUCAGCUGCUUCUUCAGAUUUGUACAAAACUUACAAAUAAUGUCGCAUUGAAGAAAUUUCUUCGUUAUGUCCUCCAGGCUGGGAAUUUUCUUAACAAGGGGACAACUUCCGGUAAUGCAGUUGGUUUCCGUAUUAGUUCAUUGAACAAAUUGGUUAUGACACGGUCUAAUGUGGCUCGCAUUUCUCUGCUGCAUUAUAUCGUUGAAGAAUGUGAAAAGGAGGACAAAACUACUUUGAGAUUUGUUGAUGAUCUCUUAGAACCACUACAAAAGUCUACUAGAUUCAAUUUAGAAAAUAUCAAGUCAGAAUUUAAACAGUUAAAGAAUAAUGUGAUACGUGUCCGAAAUCAGCUCAAUAAAGCUGAAGCUGAAAUAUCACAGCAGUUUGAAGACUUUGUGGAGGAUGCUGAAUGUGACUUAGAAGAAGUGGAAAAAUCUAUUGAACGUCUGGAUAAAUGUUCGCGGUAUGUUGCAAGACACUUCUGUGAAAAUGAGAGAACAUUUAAUUUGGCAGAAUUUCUUGAAGUGUUUCGAGAAUUUUGUGUCAAAGUCAAAAAUUGUCAACAGGAGAAUGUCAACAGAGUGGAGCAAGCCAAAAAGAUGGAGCAAAGACUUCAAAAUCAACCACAGUUGGCUGAGAGGAGAAAAGUCUUCCUUCCCAAGCAAGAAGAUCGUAAAAUUGUGGAUAAUUUGGUCUGUGAAAUCCGCCGUGGCAAGGUGUUACGUCGUCUAUCAAUGAGAAAUAAGAGCCAGCUUUACUCUUCGAAAAAUGAAAUUUCAGUCUGACACUUCGGUAUACAUAUACAAUAAACUAUUUAAUGCUACUGCUGGACUACGCUUAAAAUAAUCAGUAUAGCAAUAUCUAAGACCUAAUUCGAAAGAAAAGCCUUGGAUAUUGUUAAGAACAAAAAGAACGUCUUGAGAAAUUGAAUGGACAUUUUCACGAAGUUAUUUUCUGCAAUCAAAUUCUUAACUGUUCUUUAUAUUUUGUAAAACUUGUUUUAUGUUUUAUUGAGUGUUUUACUGAUUGUUAUAUAUAUUUUUUUCUAUCUGAUAAAACGAUUCCGUUUCAGAUACAGGUACGAAAUCGAUCUCCGGAACAUUUGGUUCCAAAGCCUUUCCGGUUUACAGAUUUUUCCGAGCCAAGGAGGGGGGAAUCACUUUGGUCGUCACACUCUAAAUUAAAUAUUAAAUAUACUUAAAUAAGUAAAUAAAAUGCAGGUACCUGUACAUUCGUAUAAAUUAUACACGUUUAUUAAUACUGUACUGUCCAAGGCCCCAGUAAUCUCGUCUGGCGACCACGGGUGUUUGAAGUUCCUGUAAGUAAAUUAGUGCGGAUUAUUAGCAGUUUCGGAUCGCCAGUGUCCGGAAAUUCGGUGUUGUACCUGUAUAGACAAUUUUAUUUUAAAACUGAUGUUCAGUAUAUAUUUGAUGCUGUUUUUAUUACGGUAUUUAGUUGGCUGUGUCUUUUAACGUGCUGAUUUCGAAUCUCGUCUAGGUCGAUUAAAUAUGCACGGUUGAAUAACUGACUUCAAUAUUAUCGACUAUAUGCCCACCCCCACCACUCCCGCUAAACACGGGUUCUCUUGCCUAUGUUAAAAAGAUGUUUAAAUUUAUCGCCAUUAGACAAAUAUAGAUAAUCAUUCUUAAAAUAAUAUUAAGUAUAUUUUCAAUAUAUAUGUACAGCAGAAGUUAAUAACGUUAUAAGCAUAUUAAAAAGAAAUCGGCCGUAUCUUUAUUCAUAAUCUUCAAAUAAGGAAGUUAUCAUUUAAAUGCUUUAACAUAAAAUACCAUGAACAACCUCUAUACGGUCGCCUAACCUGCUUACUAAAUUUCUCACAAAUCACAUCUCCUUACAUCUUGUUUAUAAUUCGAUAAUAUCCUAGACAUACUAUAUAAAAAAAUAGAUAAAUAAACGAGACGAGUUGGAACGCCUCUUUGAUCAUAGCACGGCUUUGGUCAAGACUAAGCAUUACCACCAACAUAAUAGAAUGUCAUACAAUAUCCGAGUAAAGUAAAAUUGAACAAGUGGUUACUUCUGGUGAAUUUACCGUCAAAGGGAAGAGAAUCACUUCUAGGUUACAUUAAGAUGAAGGACACGCAAAGUAAAAUCAUUUUAACGUGAAAAACCCUGUAAAUAAGUAAUCGUCUGGCGUUUUAAACAAUAUUGAUUAUAGGAAGCUGGUAGGAAAAAAUGCCGUUAUUUAAAAAGUAUUCUUAUCUAAUAAGUACACGUUGGAUGCCUUCACUGUAUCCCCUAAACAUAUAGAAUCCGCACCUUCUAAAGGUUUUUAGAAUCUAUUAAGAUUUAUACUUCUUUCUAAUUUUUUUAGCACAAGGUUAGCAAUGUUGAAGGGAGGAGGCAGUCGAUUAUAUCAACCCUAGUGCUCAACUGGUGCUUAUUUUAUCGAACCCGAUAAGAUGAAAGGCAAAGUCGAUCUCGGCGGCAUUUGAGCUCAGAACGUAAAACUGAAAGAAAUGUUUCUAAGCAUUUUGUCCCCCGUGCUAGCGGUUCUGUCAGCUCGCCAUCUUAACAAAGUAUAAUGAUUCCUACUGCUGAAGUUUAUGAAAGCUUUAAACUCACUACUUCCACGAGAAGUUAAGUUCUUGCACAACGAACGAACCCCCCCCCCGGCAGGAACUUAAGUAUAAUAAAAUGGUUAGGGUCAGAAAGUGAUAACUGUUACUGAAAACGUCAAGUACUUAGCAACCUUCUAGUUGUAGUUUUCCCCCCACCUUUUCCCUUCCAGUCGUUUUAGAGUCUCUGUAAGAAAAGCCAUGGGCCUUACCUUACCAUACUGAAUAAUCUAUAAGGAAAUACAAAACAUAGUCUAUUGUUUUGUUGUUUUGUUCUUACACCUGAACUAGGGCCUCAGAGACAAAUUUGGCAAGAUAGAACAAGAUUGUUUCCGAGCCCUGCAUUUGUGGAGAUGUCUUCUCAAAGUUCAAGAGGUCUCUGAAGUUCCUUUUCUUUCUUUUAGGAAAUGAGCCGGCAGAUAGUGACAGGUCUCUCUUGCCUCUCUGGCUUCAUGGGCCAAUGCAUCGACUGAAUCUUUCCUACUUUUAUAGGCCCUGACUUGAACACAUAACGAACUUUCGCAUAUAUAUUUUCUUCUUCUUCUGACAUGCGUCGGUCACGGUGAUCGACGUGUCACAUAAUCUCGAUAAUUAUAGAGACAUUUUCCUAUCAUUAUGUGUUUCAAAGAUAAAUAUUUUGGGCAUCGUUGUUCCUCACAUGAAUCCUGUAGUCUUUGGAGUCUCCAUCCUCUUCCACCUUUAAAGCAGAAGCAGCGUUAAGAAGAUUCGUUCUGAAUUCUUAGCCUCUUGCUUAAAUGAGCUUGGAUAACAACAGGUCAGUCACUAAACUAAACCUGUACUUAACUGGAAUUUUAUUUUAUCGAUCCGGGAAGAACGAAAAGUUGAACUCGGCGAGAGUUAAAUCGGAAUUUUAAGGUGCUACAGUUACAAAAUAUUUUGUCCGGCGUUCAAACGCCUGACAACUCGACACCUGUAUAUUUACAGUAACUCCAAAUCACAAACUAUCCCUAGAUCCCUUCUCAUAAACUCCAAAGUCCAUCGACAUUCACUCUUGUAACGUAAUUUCUGCAUGCAACAUAUCACGUACAUCACAAACUUUCCACACAUCUCGUCAGCAAAUUUGACAUUAUGUGAAAAGAGAAUAUCGUUGUAGAUAAAAACUGUAAGGAAGUGUAACUUAAAAAGGCUCGUAAAAUCAUAACCCCUUCAAACAUAUUUGAUUAAAGAAUUUUAAAGAGAAUACGAACAAAAAUCGAUAUAUUUAAGGACCGAAAAUUACAAAAAUUACUGUGGUAAAAUAAACCAAGAUUAUAGAUAGAACAGAUGAAAAGGUAUUAUAAUUUAUAAUCAAACAAUUACGUUAAAAGAAAGAAAUGUGUGUAAAGAUAUAACAUUUAUUGAAAAAUAAUAAAAACGAAGAAAAUGACUCUAAACAUAAACUUUGACAGUUACAAGUCGUUAUUGUAUCUGUUAUAUGAAAAUUUAAAUGAUCCCAUAGAAUUUACGAACUAAAUAAACAAAAAUUACGAAAUACAUGAUAAAAUGUUAGCUUAAAUGUAGAUUAACUUACCGAGAAGAUAUUUCUAGUGCUUACAAUAUCUCAGGUACUUACAACGAAGAAUAAUGCGUAAACAUAUUGAAAAAGAACGUGAUACUAAGAUAAUUAGAAAUGUACUUGAAAAUACGAAGAUAUUGCCUGAAAUACCCGACAAAAAUGUACAAUGAUACUGACUCUUUAAUAAGAAAAACAUCGUCCAAAUACCUACGCAAAGUAAACAGUAUUCUUACACUAAAGAAAAAACAACAAAAAUAAAUUAACAUUAUUUAACCAAUAUAAGUAUUCUUCCUCAAUGUUGGUAAAAAUAUUUUAACCCAAACAAACUUUAUCAAAAUUCCUGUCCUCAAAUCAAGUAAUAAUGACGUGUUUCUAAUAUAACACAUAAAGCGCCUACCAAAUUGAUAUUUGGCUUGGCAUUUUCUUGGAGUCUUCGGGUGAAAAUUCCUUUUACUAUGUCCAAGAUUAUAAGCUUAAAUAAUUUUGUAACUUUUGUAAUUAAUUUAUUAGCGAACAAUUUGGUCAUACAUUUCCAUGUUAUAUGAUUAUAUUCUUGUAUGUGCGAACGAAAAUAAAUGUUCAUAUUUAUUUUUAAAAUUAUUUAUUGAUAUAUUUAUAGAAAAAUAUGCAAUUUCAUAUUUUCUAGGUUCUGUAUAACGAUGUGUGUGUGUGUGUGUAUGCAUGCGUGUAAUUUUGUACAUGAGCAUGUGUGUGUGUAAAUGUAUCUUUGUUAGUAGACAGUAAUCUUCCUCUAUACGUUAUAUGCAAACUACUCGAACUUCGCAUUUCUGAGAAUUAAAGUCAUUUCUAAAAAUCUUGA